AUGUCAUGACUUUGUUUGCAGAAUUGGGAGAGAAGUCUAAGUGGAGUAAGCAUGCAUUUGACCCAAAUGUUUGCAAUGACUCCAAUACAUCCAAUUUUGUAGAGAGCUUCAACUCUACUCUAGGGGUGAAUAGGUGUAGGCCUAUUUUGACUUUGCUAGAAGGAAUAAGGAGGGUAUGUAUGGUUAGAAUAGCAACAAGAAUGAAGAAUGCAAAGUCUUGGAAUGAUGAAGAAAUAACUCCAAAAAUUGUGAAGCUAGUGAAAGAAAUAGGAAAAUCUAGCUCAAAAUGCAGAGUAUUCAAGUCCAGCCCAGGUGAAUAUGAAAUUCAUGAGGGAAGAUCACAAUUUCCUCUCAGCUUAAACAAGAAAGUUUGUUCUUGUGGGGCAUGGCAACUGACAGGUGUGCCUUGUAGGCAUGCCAUUAGGGCUUGCAUUGAUGCCAAGUUGGACCCACAUGACUUUGUCAGUUCCUGGUACUCUGUGAAGACUUAUAAGCAAGCUUACAGUGUCUGUAUCAACCCAAUUCCUGACACAGAGCAAUGGCCUGCAGAUGAGUCAGGUAGAAUCAUCAUGCCUCCUAAGAUGAAGAGGGGAAUUGGAAGACCAAGCAGGAACAGAAAGAGGGAAGAAGGUGAGGAGCAACCUGGAAAAAGGUCAAAAAACAGUGAAAUGCAGCAAAUGUGGUUGCUUUGGGCAUAAUAAGACAACCUGCAAGGGAGGCUUAACAGGAAAAGAGUUGAAGACAAAUGAGCCUGUUGUCAUCAGAACCCUAGGGUCAGAGACCAAAGUAAUGCAGCAAAGGCAGCUAAGGCAGCAAAGCAAUCUGAAGCACUUGGAUCUCAGUCUGCAGCAACUCAACCUUCAGCAUCUCAAGCAGCAGCUUCAACCAAAAAAACUAAGGGAAAGAAGGGCAGACCCUCAGCUGAGCAACAAACAGUGCUGACAGCCUCACAGUUGCCUAGCCAACCAAUCCAGAUGUCUCAAGGAAACUCUCAAAGCUAGCAAGUGUUCUGUUUUGCAAAGUAGUAG